AUGGCCGCAAAGGACUACAUAAGGGAAUUCAAAUUUGACUGGAAACCCGAGGUACAUUCUGCACUGCUAGAAGGAACCGUUUUUGAUCGAUACGAUGACGUAGGAUUAUCGAUUUAUUCAUCUUCAAGUUUCAGGAUCCUGAGUAUCAUGCAAGUGACAGGAAUUUUGUUCUAUUUUAAUUCGGUUGGGCUAGAUAGUGUAUGUCUAGAUGUAAAUGUGUAUGUGCGUGUCGAUGGAAAUGGGUUUUUUCUUCACUGGAAAGGAGAGGAGGAUAAAGAGCCAGGUCUUUUAGAUCUUGUACAGGUUUGGGAAGCUAGACGAGGGGGUGCGCCGAAAGACGGGAGAGUACAGUUUGAACUUGAGCAACGUGGUACUAAAGAAACACUGGAAGACAGAACGGUAUGGAUAACGCACGGAGAGGAUCUGGUCAAUAUAUAUAGCGUGUCGUUUGUAGCUCGUGAUUUAGCAACUGCUGAGCUAUGGCGUGAUGGUAUCAAUGAUAUUGUGAAGACAUCCAAGGUUAAACACUCCAGCUAUUCGACGCGGCUUCUAAAGACUUGGUACCAGUUAACACUACAAGUGAAUGAAAGGGGAAGAAUUCCUAUCAAAAACAUCAUUAAGCUGUUUUCAUGUGGCAAAGAUGACUCUAUGACACUAAAAUGUUUGGGAGACUUCGGGUUGUAUGGCGACAAGGAACGUGAAGAAAUAGACGUUAGCAAUUUCCCUUUUGAGCGGUUUUUACGACUGUAUCAAAAAAUCGCACCAAGAUCUGAUAUUCAGGAGCUCUUCGUUAAGAUAAGUGGUAAAAAGGAGUAUGUAACUAGAGACCGCUUAAUAAAGUUUAUGAACGAAACGCAGAGAGAUGACCGGUUAAAUGAGCUUCUCCAUCCACUCUAUACUGAGGCACGAGUGCAGAAAUUGAUUAUUGAUAAGUUCGAAACUGAUGAGAAGUAUAUUCGUGAAGGUUUGCUGAUUUCUAUUUAG